CAUUGAACCGACUAUGUAGACUGAGAUAACGGAAGUAAGGACUGGAGCUGGGGCUUUGUGAUGGUCGAUUUGCCCGAGUCUCUUGAGCCUUAGUCAGACCCCGUGAAGAAAGUGAGCUUCAACCAUCCUCCCCCGUCUUACCCGCUAGGAUGGAGGCGAAACGGAAAGAACUGCGCAAGUCUUUAAGGAUCAAAGUAAUCUCCAUGGGUAACGCCGAGGUUGGCAAGAGCUGCGUUAUCAAGCGAUACUGUGAGAAGAGAUUUGUGCCCAAAUAUCUUGCAACAAUUGGCAUUGAUUAUGGUGUCACCAAAGUGCAAAUUAGAGACCGAGAAAUCAAAGUGAAUAUCUUUGACAUGGCUGGACACUCCUUCUUUUAUGAGGUGCGCAAUGAAUUUUACAAAGACACUCAGGGUGUAAUCCUAGUGUAUGAUGUUGGGCAAAAGGAAUCAUUUGAUGCCCUUGACUUAUGGCUUGCUGAAAUGAAACAAGAACUUGGACCGCAUGGAAACAUGGAGAACAUUGUUUUUGUGGUUUGUGCCAAUAAGAUUGACUGUGCCAAGCUGCGCUGUGUGGAUGAAAGUGAAGGACGACUGUGGGCAGAAAGCAGAGGCUUUCUUUAUUUUGAAACCUCUGCACAGACUGGAGAGGGAAUUAAUGAGAUGUUCCAGACGUUCUACUCAGCCAUUGUUGAUUUAUGUGAUAAUGGUGGAAAGCGCCCCACAGCCAGCACAAACAACAGUUUCACUAAGGAACAAGUAGACACUAUCCGGAGGAUUCACAGCAGCAAGGAUAGCUGGGAUAUGUUGGGUGUCAAACCAGGGGCUACAAGGGAUGAAGUAAACAAGGCCUAUCGGAAAUUGGCGGUGCUCCUCCACCCAGAUAAGUGUAUGGCUCCAGGCAGUGAGGAUGCCUUCAAAGCUGUGGUCAAUGCACGGACUGCCUUGCUCAAAAACGUCAAGUAAAACACCAGAAGAUGCAGCUUUCACCAACAGCAAGUGAUCAAAGCUAUUCUGAGAGAGCUGGUACUGAGGCAUCAAGAAUUGCCUCCUGCAAAGGACAAUGGAAGCAAAUCACAGAAAAUCCCUAAAGGCAAUUUUCCUUCACUAUCUACUCUCAGAACUGUUUUCUGUAUUACUACAAAUAGCUCGAUACAGGAGGCUUCUCUGAGGUGGACUUCCAAACCCAUCUGAAUGGCUCAGGAACAGUAACAGCAGUAAUAUCUUGUCCUUUCUUUUCCCCUGCAGAAAAGUUGGCCUUGGACUGAGAUGACUCUAAAUACAUAUCUUCUAUAUAGAAUUACUUAUUUCAGUAUUGUUCAUUAUUUUCUCAAAACUGAUGCUGAUAUUCAGCCUCUAAUUAAGCAUUUAGUUGUUCCUCUUUGUCCUACACUGGAAUUUGCUUUUUCCAUUCAAACUUUUCAGAUCACUUCCUUAGUAAGUGGUUAAAGAAUUGCUGCUUUUUCAAACAGAAGUUGGAAAAAUAGAACAUGGUGGCUGGGAUCAAAACAGUAGUAGCCACUGUGAGUUGUUGAUGGGACAGACAAUGCCCCCUACAAAAUGAGUUAGGUGGUAGGUUGAUUUACUCAUUAUUUGAGUCAUACUGUUCUAGGAGUGUUUACUUUGUGUAUACUUUGAACCUCCCUGGAGCUAGCAAGGAACAUAAACCUCACCAUAUGGGGGAUUCAGUCACACAGUAGCCGAGUUCUUAGUAUGUUCUCCCUUUUCCUCCCCAAAUCCAAAUUAAAUGAGGGAAGAAGGGAAGAGAGGAAGGAAAUGCUAAAUGUAUGUAUUCAAGUACGAUUAAAAGGGCCCUUGAAUUGAAAGAGACAGGGUGAAACAAAA